AUGUUAAAUCCUAUGCCACCAAAACGACAUGAUUCUUUAAUACAAAAACGAAGACUCAAAAGAAAUGAUACAUCUCAUAAUGUAGAUCAUCCACCACGGACUCAGAUCGACAACAUCUCUCUGAUACCAUUAUCCAUAAAUCGACGAUUGACCGUCCUUCCUACACGUAGUUCUAGUUUGACUAAUCCGGUGACACGUAUCCAACCACCUUUGACUCGACCUUUACCUCCUCUACCAUCGAUUGCUGAUGAUGAUGAUGAUGACAAUUGUUCCUUUAAUACCGCAUAUGAAGAUUCCAUUGUGUUUCACCAGACUGACUCUCAUAUCGACCAUACACAUGAUCAUGAUAACCAGAAUGGAAAUACUAUUAUUGCAGGCAAAGUAGAUGAUGAUGUUGAAUCAGCUUUAUUACAUUGGAAACGUCAAUCAACUUUAACACUGACAAAGUCUAUUCCUCCUCCCAUCAGCGAACAACAACAACAUCAAAAAGAAGAAGAACAAUUGAAUAAAAAAGAUGAUCAACUUGAUUCUUUGGAUUUUUUCGAUAUUGAAAGCAAAGAAUUAUGGCCUCGAUCUUCUAUUUUUGGUGACAUUGAAAAUGUUUUGAAGAAACCAUCUAUGCAAGAACAAUGUCAGCAAACAGCAGACAAGCUUUGGAUGAAAGAUGAAAGUGUUGUGCCUCUUAAAUAUAUGGCUGCCUUUUUAGGAAAGAGUACCCUCUUCCAUAAUACUGUAUUACAGCUCUAUCUUGAAAAGUUUGACUUUACUUCACAACGAUUAGAACAUGCAUUCAGAUUAUUUUGCUCCAGACUUUACUUCAAGGCAGAAGCUCAAGAGAUUGAUCGUAUUUUAGAAGCUUUCGCUCAUCGAUAUUGGUAUUGUAAUCAACAAGCCAAGGUAUUAUACAAUGCGGAUAUUGUUUAUGCCAUAGUAUAUUCAGUAUUACUAUUGAAUACUGAUCUACAUAUUGUUCACAGUUCUGGUCACCAACGAAUGUCACGAACCAAGUUUUGUGAAAAUACAAUGGCAACUAUCAUCAAUAAUAUACGAUCGGAUAGCAGACAACAACCUGACGAAGAUGACUUGAUACAUUGGCAACAAAUCAUGGAAACAUAUCUCAAAGAAAUUUAUAACUCUGUCAAGUUACAAGGUAUAUUACAAUCCAUUAAGGACGAAACCUCGACAAAUGAACACCAAAAAGGAUCAGGAAUGGCCACUAGUUUAUUACAACGUAUGGGAUCUUUGAAACAAUCACAACGCCAGAAGUCUAUGAUUGACUAUUUUGGUGGAACAAUAAAUAUGAAGAAAGAUGGCACAACUCUUAUUGAACAUCAAGAAACGGAUUCACAUGUGCAACAUGUACCUGAACUGGAAGGACGGAUGCGGUAUAGGACAAAUGACGAUACUCGACGACGGACCAUGAAAUCGGCUACAGCUUCCACCAUCUCUUCCUCAUAUUAUGAUUGGCACGAAGUUUGGGUAAGAUUACAUCAUCAUGGCCUUUUAUAUUUGGAAAAACAACCAAAUUCAACUUCACGUUUAAUAAGACAAACGAACACGUCGUGGGAAUUGGAUCUUGGUCAUAGCACUGCCGCACGUGGAGCAUCUAUUUACAGCGAUCACCAUCACAAUACCGAACAAUCACAAUUGAUCUCAUUUCAUGUUAUACUGGGUAACGGUGUUUGGUAUGAAUUUGAAUGUGAAGAUCAAGAUAUGACCGAUAUUUGGAUCAAGCGGAUACAAUUUGCAGCGGCCAUGGCUACACGUAUUCCUUUUCUGAAACCACCUGUUAGCAGCGAUUUGUAUGGGUGGGAAAUACACCUUAUGCAAGAUUACGGUCAACUUGGGUCUUAUACAUUGACGACAUGGGAACCACCUCAAACGUCACUAGUAUCAAAUACCAUGAAGGCAAUGAAUUCACGAAUAUCAUCUUCAACAACAACGUCAUCAUCAUCAUCAAUUACAUCAUCAUCGUCAUUGUCAUCUUCUUCAUCAUCACCAUCGUCAUCACCAUCAUCAUCACCAUCAUCGUCACCAUCAUCAUCACCAUCAUCAGCAUAUUAUUAUUCAGAAGAUGUCAUUGCAGAGCAACAAAAGGGAAUUCAAGAUUAUUUGGUGACACUGCGGGAAGAACAUCAGAUUCACUCAUCAUAUCUUUCUUGGAUUAACAAGAUACCGACUACCUUUCAUACACAAAAGGCAUUGAUUCUCGCUAACUGGCAUGAAAAAAACAAAUAUCUGGUUCAAGAAAUGGAAAAAUAUAUUCAAUAUGAUAAUAUUUUGAAAGAAAGUAUAGUUAGAAAGGUUUCCGAUGCUUUUAACAAAAAAGAUCUUAUCUUUUUCCCUUUAUUACUUCAUCGUUCAAACUACGAUAUUUCCUUUUUAGUUGACAUUAAGGAUCAGAACAAAAGGGAGAUAGAAAAAUUUAAAGUAGAAUCCCAUAUUAUUUCACAACAAGUGUUUGGUUCUAGUAAAACGUUACAAUUCAUCGGAUUAUCACGCAUGGAUACUUUUUCAGACGCAAUUGACAAAUCUCAUCCUAUUCAUUUACCAAAACCAGUUCCUAAACGCAACAUGUCAAUAGAAUCUAUGUUAGAUUCAAAUGGAACUUAUGAUCAUGAUCGAUCUCCAUCACCAAUCAAAAGAACUUGGCUUUCAGCUACUUAUGACGAUCGACUUCAUAAACACAGGCGAUAUAACGAUGAAACACCUUUAUCACCACCUCAACAAUCAAAAAAACGAACAACAACUAUUACUUGUCUUCAUGCUGCUGUCGCUCAAAAAUCUUAUGGAUCUGAAAAACGUUUUUUAUGUCCUCCUCCUAUGAUUUCACUUCAACAAACCACUUCUCUUCCUCCUCCUUUGAUCUCUAUGUCUGUACUUGCUGAAGGAAAUGAACGACCAGUGGAACAACGUACUUCUCUUGAUCAUCAAAUGCGUGGUAGCUUCAAAUAUCUUCAUGUCACGGGUUCUUCCAAGGCCAAGCAAUUUUGUCUACGGGUGAAUAUGUCUCAUCAAUCCGGGUAUAUGAAUCCAUCUUCUUCAAAUCUUACCCCUGGUCCUACCAAUCCUCCUUUUGCUACUUUUUUCUCCUCACCCAUCUCUAUCAUAUCCAAGCCAUCAAAGAAAACCGCAAAAGCACGCAAUGUUUCCAGCUGUAUUUUCACCACAUCUCAAAUUUGUUUAUUCAACCGUAUCAACUCACAAACUGUACGAACAAAAUACCUUACAUCAUCAUUAUCCGAAACCAACAACAAACAAGAACUUUGUGCAAAAAACGCUUCAUGGUCAGCAUUUGAUAUUAUUUUGGUUCGACAACCCACUCCUCCUCCUCAACAUACAUUAUCACACAAUCAUCAUCAUUAUCAUCAUCAUCAUCAACCAUCUGUUACAACUGCUGGUGUCCCUUUGACUUAUGGAACGGAAAUUAUUCUCAAGGAUUCCCAAACUGGUGUUUGCUCUCCUCCAGUCAUUAUUCGUAAGGUUGACAAGGGUGCCAUUUCUCAUGCCGCUUUUGGUCCUGUUAGUCAAAUGCAAAAAAUAGCUCUUCAAUUAUCUUCUUCGGUGAAUGCUGAUGAUUCAAUCUAUCUCAGUGCAAAUGGGAAUGCAAUGCAAGAUACCAGCAACAGUUCAACUGAUGGCGAUGAAAGCAACAAAAACAACAAUGGUAAUGGUACUAAUCAUACUCAUUCAAGUACUUGGCUCGAUUAUAAUCCUUCAAAUCGUGUUUUGGAUCCAAAAUCUACCAAUGGUUCUAUGAUGGAAAAAGUCGAUGAUUAUCUUUGUUGGACGAUUGUCGGUAUUGCAAAGUUCGAGUAUACAAUUGAAGAACCUCCAGCACCUCCAGCUUCAUCAAUGAUACUCACUAAUUCUUCUUCACCUGCAUCUUUUCCCGUUUUACCUGGUUCACCACCCAAUUCCUCUUCCAGUCAUUCUUUAGACACAUCUUCUUCACACCAACGUCGCCAUCAUCAACAAGAAACUAUGCCUCGAUUACUUCAACCAUCACCACCACCAUCUCCACCUCGCACAAUCGUACCUUUUCCUAUGGUAUCUACAGUAACUUAUGAAGAACAAAACCAUAGUUUACAUCUAGUUGGGCAACAUCUUGUACAGCAUCUUCCUACAUCGGUAUAUCCUCAUUUACUAGAAUUCUGGCUUGGUGGUGCGCAUGGUCCUCUUCCUUGUAGACAACAUCAUCAUCAACAACAACAACAACAUAUUGUCACUAAUGGAAAUAUUCAACUGAAUUUGGAUCUUCCUCAUACUCAAGAUUUUUUGGUCGCUCAUCAUGAUUUAUUAAUCAAUGAUCCUCAAUCCAAAGAAGGUGAUCGUUUAUUGAAUUUACCUUUGUUAAUGGUGCGAAAAGAUAAUGUUGUUUAUCAUUCUGGAAAAUCUGUGGUUUGUCAUGUCAAGUCAAAUGGUGAUACUUAUUGGUCUGUUCUCGAUGUUACUAUUUCCAAAUGAUUCCAU